AUGGCUAGUCCCAACGUUCUUUCCUUUGGUGCUGAGGGUCGAGCGGUAGACUUUGAGGUCUGGAUAGAUGAUCUGCAGCUUUUCCUGCAGUGCGAUAGCAAACACGACCUCUCACUGUUUGAUCUCACGUCUGGCGCCUCUACUGCCCCUGCUGCCGAUGCUGACAGUACUGUUCGCUCACAGUGGUCCACACGCGAUGCUGCUGCCCGUCUUGCUGUGCGUAGUCACCUGCCGUCCACAGAGCGCGCGCACUUUAGCCAAUACAAGACUGCUAAGACCCUGUACGACGCUGUAGUUGCACGCUACUCCUCCCCUGCCACUACUGCCCUUAGUCGCCUCAUGUUGCCGUACAUGUUCCCCGACCUCACCACCUUUGCCAUAGUCGCUGACCUCAUUACGCACCUCCGCACUAGUGACACCCGCUACCGCGCUGCGCUUCCUGCUGAGGACCACUUCCUCUCUAUUUGCCCCACCACACUCACCGUUGACCUCCUCGAGGAGCCCCUCUUUGCAGCUGAGAAAAGUAUAGUCACUGUAGGAGCCUCUCGUGGUGACCCUCGUGCCCCUAUCUUUGAGAGGUGUUCCCCCGUCCCCCUUUUGCCCUCUGUUGCCUCUGCUGCUGCUGUCGACCUCGUUAGCACCAAGUCGGUCGGCAUUGCGUCUGCCCCUAGCGGGAGGCGCCGGAACGGCAAGGGCAAGGGGGGCAAGGGUGCUGGGGGAGCGGGCGGGGGCGGUGGUGGUGGCGAUGGGGGCGGCGGAGGGGGUGGGGGUGGCGGUGGGAGUGGUGGUGAGGGUGGGGGCUCUGGUGGCAGCGGUGGAGGCGGAGGCGGCGGCAGCGGUGGCGGUGGGAGUGGAGGAGGCGGCGGUGGCGGCGGUGGCGGUGCCGCUGGUUGGGAUGGCUCUGUGCCGCGGGGAGGCUUUGGUGGUGGCCAGCGUCAGCAGCACCAGCAGCGCUCUCGUGAGACCCCGCCGCCCCAGCAGCUCCGUGAGUGGUAUGCUGCGCGUCAGCGGUCUGGGGGUGCUGGUCCUUGUGCCUACAUCCUGCGUACUGGUGACCGCACUGGGGAGCCGUCGGGCGAGCCUAUCUUUGAUAUUGACUAUGAUGCUAUUCUUGCUGCCCUGUAUGUUGUGUCUACUAGUGAUGAGGGUGACUGUUACGUGUGUGUUCCGCCUGACCCGGGCAUUGCAGCUGCUGCUCUAGGUGCUUGCGAGUCUGGUGCUCCAGGUACUAGUGAGUCUGUUGCUCCAAGUGCUGGUGAGUCUGCUCUCUCAGUCGGCCAGUUGCAGUCUCUCUGGCAGACCCCUCUGGGGUCCUUAUCCUUGCCCACUUCUCCACUGCUGCGUCUGCCUUAG